CCAAUUGAAAGUUCCGCUGGAAAGGGUUCUCAGCGGCAAGAUGCAUCCGUGUCAGCGAGCGCUGUUGCGACUGCCGCGUACUGGCGCAAACAGAAGUCAGAAAGAGCAACUGCUACAGUGAGCAAGCACAGUUCAGUGCCAGCACCUGGCCCGUCGCAGCCCUGGUCUCUUGCGGAGAUGCAUCUGCACGUUGCCCCGGGUUCUGGGCCUCCACGGAGGGCUUCUUUUCCUCCUGCGCCGUCAUUACCACCAGCAAGCAUGCCUCUGGCAAAGCCUGGGGUACCUGCAUGGGCACACAAAGGCUACACUCCAAAGAAGGGACCCAUGCAGACGGAGGCAGGACCGCGGUAUGAUGCCUUUCCAUCUGCAGAGCCUGCAGCGCUCAACAAGUGGUCGCCGUUCCAUGCUGUUCGGGAACAUCAUGCCGCAAGCAAUCCAAAGAAGCUGGCGUACCUGACACCAACAGAGUUAGCUGCUCUAGGGGGCGGCUUGCAAAGUGCAGACACAUCAGAUCUUCACGAGGAAGACACCUUGGAUUACCAACGGUACUCCUAUCCUUGAUCGCAGAAGAGCCACAGAUGAUGGUAAUUGCCUUCGAUGUAUCUGGCCUGCGCCAAGCUAUUCCAAGGCACCUUGGUGACUGUGUCUCCCAAUGUAUCUGUUUGCUAGCGUCUUGACACAGCCUCAAGUCGACGAGAUGUACGUCAGCCAUCGCGCACGCACGAUGCGCUGUGCAAACUUGCUUUGCGUGCAAAUCAAAGAGUUUGCGUGUGACACCUUUUAGGAUGUCCCCUGUAGUGUCAUGGAUUUUAUGUUACCUUGCGUCCAGAUAGAUGACAACGGAUUCAAGUACACCUCAUUUGGACCAUUUGCAAUCCGAGUUUUGAUGACUCGGUAAUUUUUUUUGCCUGGAGAGUGUGAAAGUGUUUGAAACUGAAUAUUAGUGUAUUGAGGGAGACGUCAAGUACCGUAGCUAGGAGUAUUUUUCAGGUCAACAGGCUCCCCUGCAACUGUCAAAAUCUGAAACCUUUCAGGCAGGUACCG